GGAAAAAUUCUAUGGGAUCUCCAAUGUCCCUCCGUCGACUGAGAGAUAUGAAACAAUGUCGGUAUCUUCCUCUAAUAGCCUUUUCAGCUCAGUGCUCCUAUGCAUACUUUUGAAAAAUUCUUCUCAACCAAUUGGAACCACCCACGACGUAUCGCUUCUCAAUUUUCAAACGAACCCAGAAAGCGCAGAGUUGGUGGAAGUUUUGAGAAGAGCAUCGAUGGCAGACAGAACGAUCAUACUUACCAUUGUUGAGGAAGCCUGGACUGGUACUGGCUCUGUUCUUGAUCUCUUCCUAGAGAGCUUUCGGAUUGGCCAAGAGACCAAAUGGCUCUUGAAUCACUUGAUCAUUGUCACUGUAGGCAGGCAAGCAUUUCAGUACUGCAAGUCCCUGCAUCCCCAUUGCUUCCAGCUCACACCAAUUGGAGUAUCGAAACCUCCUACCGGAGAGCAACUUCACAAGCACAGUCGGGAUAGACAUGACCUGCUACAUAAAGUGCUUCAACUAGGCUACAAUCUUGUUUUCACAGUGGUGGAUGUUAAGUGGUUCAGAAACCCAAUACCACACUUCAACCCCCAAGAUGAAGUCACAAUUCCAUGCGGUCUCGAACUGAAAUAUGGAAGCAAUAAACAGGAUAGGGGGCUCUUUUAUGUGAAAUCAAAUGAUAUAUCAGUCGAAUUCUUCAACUACUUGAAAUUGGUCGGGGUCCUAUACCCCGACACUCCUUUUGAAUCUCUCUGUGAGAUUGCAACAGAACAGGAGAUUAUGGAAAUGCAUGGAAUGCGCAUAAAAUUUCUUGAUAAUGCUUAUUUUGGUGGAUUUUGUCAGCCACUUCAGAACAAUAGUGAAGUUUAUACCAUGCAAGCAAACUGCUGUGAAAAGACUGAAAGUAAGGUCCAUGAUCUAAAGCUUGUCCUAGAUGAUUGGAACAACUUCACAGGACAAUCAUCAAAUAAUAGCUUGGGGACAUUGUCUUCAUGGCGAGCCCCAGACAAAUGCAUCCAAUAAGAAUUUGCUUAUUGCUGCUACAUUCA